AUGUAACCCCUUCCUUUGAACAAGCUUGUUUGGCUCUGGCGGGCAUGCAUGCAAUUCAGAAGGUAGUCGACCGUAGAUUAGCUGCUUCAAGUCUAAUUAUAAGGAAAUGGCAUGCUCUAAAUUUCAACAAAUUAGCUCGUUUGCACGAGUUGGCCCGUUCAUAAAUCGACAGCGUAUGUUAGGUAUCUGCUAAUAUUAGCUCGUAGCUGGCGAUUUCAUCUGGCAAUCACUUAAAUGGGCAUGGGUACUAAAUGUGUCACAAUUUAGUCAACACACGAAACCAAAAACUCCGACCUAAUACGCUGCACAUUAUUUAAGUAUUCAACACGACAACAAAAAUCGUUUAAUACAGCGGGACACACGCCAAUCAAUAUUAAACUCCCAAGCGGUGAGUGAAAGUGCGAUUUACUGUGCUGGCCAGUCAAUAGUUGCAAUGACGUUAUUUCCUGGGGGUGGCGGUGGGAGCGUGGUACUGCGGUCCUCCUCUGCUUUGCAACGGCGAGAGUCCGACAUGGAAACAAACACGAAGACGUGAGCGUGUUCUGGGAUUUUGCACGCUAUAAAUUCUACAAGCCCAAGCGCCAGUGCGUGCCAGUGAUUUGAACUACUGCGCAAACAUCUACGCUAGUAAAUAUAUUUGAUAUUUGGUACAUUGCAGUAGUGUAGAUAGCUUAGUUACCUUACGGACCAUGGCGGAGAGAAGUGGCCGGCUGAGCUUUCCCGGGAGCGGGGCGCUCAAUAGACCCGUGCCGAUGAAUUUGUUCGCCACUUGGGAAAUAGACGGAUCAUCUCCGAGUUGCAUUCCCAGGUUGUGCAGUCUGACUCUGAAGAAGCUGGUGGUGAUGAGAGAGCUGGACAAGGAGCUGAUCUCCGUGGUCAUCGCUGUGAAGAUCCAGGGUUCUAAGAGGAUCCUGAGGUCUCAUGAGAUAGUGCUGCCACCUAGUGGUGUGGUGGAGACGGACCUGGCUCUCACCUUUUCACUCCAGUACCCCCACUUCCUGAAGCGCGAGGGCAACAAGCUGCAGAUCAUGCUCCAGAGAAGGAAGAGGUACAAGAACCGGACCAUCCUGGGCUACAAGACCCUGGCGGCCGGCUCCAUCGACAUGGCUGAGGUGCUGCAGCACCCCACCGAGGGCGGCCAGGUGCUGCCUCUCUGCAGCAGCCAGAAGGAGACGCUGGGCAAGGUGGCGGAGAUCUGGAUCUUCUCCCUGUCCAGCCAGCCCAUCGACCACGAGGAGGCCGCCCUGCAGGGGGGGCAGAAGAUCAAGUGCACAGAUAACUACUCGGAAGAGGAGUACGAGAGCUUCUCCUCGGAGCAGGAGGCCAGCGAUGAUGCAGUGCAGGGCCAGGAUUUGGAGGAUGAUGAAUAUGACGUGAGGAAGCCUAAGAAGCAGAGAAGGUCCAUAGUGAGGACCACGUCCAUUACCAGACAGCAGAACUUUAAGCAGCGGGUGGUGGCCCUUCUGAAGAGGUUCAGAGUUUCUGAUGAGGUGCUGGACUCCGAGCAGGACCCUGCCGAGCCGCCCCCCGAGGUGGAGGAGGACCUGGAGAGUCUGGAUUUUGAGAACCCCAGCGACAGCGGCCCGGAACUGGACGAUGACGACAGCGUCCUCAGCACCCCGAAACCAAAACUCAAGCCGUACUUCGAGGGCCUGUCUCUCUCCAGCUCCCAGACUGAGAUCGGCAGUAUCCACAGCACCCGAAGCCACCGGGAGCCACCCAGCCCCCUGGACCCCGACAAGGCCAAGAGCAGCGCGGCAAAGUUCCAGGUGGACGACAUGUCCGACAACGUCUCAUACGAGCAGCCGGAGGCCAUGACCCCCACCACGGAGCUGGAGAUGGACAACAUGGACACCUUCCUGGAGAAGCUGCCCCCCAGUGGCAAAAUGACCAAGACCGAGUCGCUCAUCAUCCCGUCCAACAGACAGGAGCCCAAGCUGGCAGGCAGGAGAGGAAGGAGCACCUCACUCAAAGAGCGGCAGCCCAGCAGGCCGCAGAACGAGAGGGCGAACAGCCUGGACAACGAGCGCUCGCUCGACACGCGCUGCCACCUGCAGAUUCCACGGAAGACGGUCUACGACCAGCUUAAUCACAUCCUGGUGUCGGAUGACCACCUCCCAGACAACAUCAUCCUCAUCAACACCUCUGACUGGCAGGGACAGUACCUGUCAGACGUGCUGCAGAACCACCAGCUCCCCGUGGUGUGCACCUGCACCACCGCAGACAUCCAGGCUGCCUUUAACACCAUCGUGUCGCGCAUCCAGCGAUUCUGUAACUGUAACUCCCAGACCCCCGUCCCGAUCAAGAUCGCCGUGGCAGGGGCGCAGCACUACCUCAGCGCGGUCCUGCGCCUCUUCGUCGACCACCUCUCGCACAAAACCCCCGACUGGCUGGGGUACAUGCGGUUCCUGAUCAUCCCGCUCGGUUCCCACCCGGUGUCUAAGUAUCUGGGCACCAUUGACUACCGGUACAACAGCCUGUUCCAGGACGCUGCCUGGAGAGACCUCUUCCACAAGCCAGACGCUCCAGUCGUGGUUCAGGAGAGUCCCGAUGUGGUUUCCCGGGUGACGCAGUACAUGGUGGGAGCCAAUGGGGCACAUCAGCUGCCCAUUGCUGAGGCCAUGCUCACUUACAAACAAAAGAGAUUUCCACACGUUUCCCUCGGAAAUGCCUGGAAAAUCCCCAGAUGGGACGGAGUAUACCACACCGUCCAGAGACAGCACAGGGAAUUAAGAGUCUGUAUUAACCCUCUUGAACACCCUGAUGAGGACUCCUGCCAAAAGUUCAUCCCUUUCAUCGGGGUGGUGAAAGUGGGCAUCGUGGAGCAGUCGUCUGCUACCUCAGGGGACUCUGAUGAUGCAGCUCCAGUAGGAACAGGCCUUCUCUCCUCCACCCCUCCGCAGGUGUCCCCCGCCCUGAAAGAGGCUUCCCCGACCCCACCCUCCUCCCCGUCUGUCAACACCAGCUUCAGCUCAUACAGUUCCCCGGGAGGCAGCCAGGGGGAGCUGAUGGGCCUGCAGGUGGAUUACUGGGCGGCCCCGCUGGACAGGAAGAGGGACGUAGAGAAGCGGGACUCGUCCUCCAAGAACACGCUCAAGUGCACCUUCCGCUCCCUGCAGGUCAGCCGGCUGCCCCUGGGCGGGCCGGACUACAGCACCCAGCCCACCAUGUCCAUGACCGUGGUCACAAAAGAGAAGAAUAAGAAGGUCAUGUUUCUGCCAAAGAAAACAAAGGACAAGGAGGUGGAGUCUAAAAGUCAGGUGAUCGAGGGAAUCAGCCGACUUAUCUGCACUGCCAAGCACCAGCAGACCAUGCUGAGGGUGCUCAUCGACGGAGUGGAGUGGAAUGAUGUUAAGUUUUUCCAGCUGGCCGCGCAGUGGUCCUCUCACGUCAAGCACUUCCCCAUCGGCAUAUUCGGACACUCGAAAGGCCCCUACUAACACCCCUCUGAGGGCCCUCGUCUGUGGAACUGUGGACAGCCCUCCUGCGUGCCAAUAGCCUUGAGUCUCCCCUACGCCCGCCUCCUGUGGUCCUCCUGCCCCUCCCCCUCCCCUUCUCAUAAUUUAAGACCCCCCCCACCCCCCUUCCCUAAUCCUGUUGAUUUCCAUUUGUGUUGUUUUUUUUUUAAACAAGAUUUUGUAAGACUUCGAGGAGGUGGAGCAGUCCAGGGGAGAUUUUUUUCUGUUUGUUUGUUUCCUUGCUCAAUCCCGCCCCUCCUCCCUUGUGCUUUUUAAAAACCUCCCUGCUGACUUUUUAUAGACUUUUUGAAAGAUGAAAAAAAAAAAAAAAAACCUAAUGAAAAUAAUCAUUUGAAAUGAUUAAAUUAACCCCUAACCUGCAAGUGCUCAGGCUUUUUGGCUGCCUCACUGUGUCGUCCUCCGGUGAAUUUUAACUGUCAAGCACUUGGCCUCGCGUCAGCUAACGAGAUAACAAGCCCCCAUUCGCGUUCGACCAUUUCCUAACCAAACACCAUUUGUAGGUUGCACUGACCUCAGCACAAGCAAGGGCACAGAUUCUCCGUCCUUUGAGUUUAAAUAUCCGGAAGAUUGGGCUUCAGGAAUUUUCAGGUGGAAUUGCUUUUGGUUCUCUCGAAUCCCCGGUACCCCCGAUACCCGCUUCAGUGUUUAGAAGAGCCUCUAAUCCCUCGCCGUAAAAAGCUCCAUACCUUUUCAGCGGACUUGCAUCUCUGUGGAGCCUCACUGCAUUCAUCUGAAGGAGACUGAGUUGUGCAAUAAACUGUAAAUAAAAUGAACAUGCUCCUUACCACUGAGCUGGCAGGUGUGCUCCUGUACCGAUGCCGCUCCACAGCGCCCCUC